AUGCCGGAAUUAAUGAUUUACGGAUGUACGGGGUACACCGGCCGCCUUGUGGCCGAGUACGCAAAGUCACUUGGACUCGGCUUCAUCCUAGCGGGCCGGUCGGAGAACGGGGUACGGGCUCUCGCCGCUCGAUUCGAUGCGCGGUAUCGCGCCUUCGACCUCGGCGACGAACUCCUCAUCGACGCGUCCCUACAAGACGUCUCAGUUCUCCUAAACUGCGCCGGCCCCUUUGCGCGCACAGCAGGCCCGCUCAUGGAGGCCUGCAUCCGAAGCGGAACCCACUACCUCGACGUUGCCGCGGAGCUCGACGGCUAUCACCUGGCGGACGAGUUGGAUCGGAAAGCAAGGGAAGCAAAGGUCAUGCUCAUGCCGGGGUGCGGAGGCAGCGUUGCGAUGCUCGGAUGUCUCGCCGGCCACGCGUUGGAGCGCGUCGAGCGCCCGGUUUCCCUGGAUAUCGCUCUAUGUGUCGCAGGACCAAUGUCGCGUGGUUCGGUAGUCAGUGCAGCGGAAAGCAGUCUGGCGACUCAAUGUCUCGAGCGUGUUUGGGGAGCCCUAGCACAGAAGCAGGAUGCCGGCGCCGCGACGAGCGCCUUCGACUUCGACGACGGCAAGGGCCAGGUUGCCUGUUUCCCAGUAACGCUACCCGACCUCAUCACGAUCUGGAAGGCGACCAAGGUGCCCAACAUCCGAACAUUUGUCCACGCCUCGGGGAAUGCACUGGCAGCCCUACCCACCGGCGAUCUUACGAGCCUGCCUGAUGGCCCAACCGCGCAAGAGAGAGCCGCCAGUCCGUAUCAUGCCUGUGUGGUGGUUACCAGCGAGGACAGGUCUGUCAAGCGUGCGGUGCUGCAUACUGUAAACGGUUACACAUUUACCUCGCAGGCCUCGGUCGAAGCGGUGAAGCGGGUCCUGGCAGGGGAAGCUGCGGGAGGAUUCCAGACGCCGGCGGGCAUGUUUGGGGCACGUUUUGUGGAGAGUGUUGCCGGUACUGAAAUCCAAGAUGCUGUGUAUUAA